AUGACUCUCACAGAUGGCGACCAUCCACUUGGAGUUACGGGGCCAUCUAGUCUUAUCGACCUGCAUUCCGAUAUUUGGAUUCACGUCGCAACAUUCCUUCCGACACCAGCUCUGGCAGCGCUCAUGCAGACAUCGAGCCAUCUUGUAGAACUUGCGGCCUCUGCCCUUUGCACUCGCACAAAGGACACUCCUCUCCGGCGGGCGCUCGAUGUAGUCUCCUUCUACCACUUCCUCCGUAUCGGGGACUCGAUAUCUCGCCGCGCUGCUCGAGUCAAGGUUUUGCGGUUUGAAAUUGGAGACGCAGCCGAUCUCUACCAGCUCCCCGAUAUCAGUCCAGGUGAGGUCAUCAAUGCUUUCACUGAGAUCUUGCACCACUGUCGAGAUCUACGCCGCCUUCAGAUGAUCCAGUGGUAUUACCAAGUGCCUCCAUCCCACAUCUAUCGCUCUAUCUCGCAUUCUGGGCUCCUCGAAGAGCUAGAACUGAAUGUCGUGGAGGAGGUGGAGGAGGAAGACGUCCUCCAACUCGCGAACCUCCCAUUACGAACGCUGCUGUGUUCGUCGACCGCUCGAGUGUCGUCAAAGCCUCGAGACUAUGCUGUGCUGGGAACGGGGCCAUUGGCGAGAACGCUCGUGGAAGUCCAGCUCCCUUUGCCCGCGCAUGCCUGCACGCUACUUGGGGCAACUUUCAACUCCGUCCGCAAGCUCCGGAUCUCGGUACCCAGGCACAGCACAUUUGUGAACGAUCUCCGAAUCACCUUCCCCAAUAUCUCCCAUCUCACUCUGCUUGGCCAGUGUCCGUGGCAUGAUCCUCGCCGUCCAUGGGCUAGCCGACAUGCGGAGGACGGCAAUGACGUGAUACGGCAGGCGCAUCAACAACAAUGGAAAGACGAUCCAAACAUGUUGCCUGCUCUGAAGUACGUUCGCGUUGAGGACCCUCGCGCAGCCUAUAUUCUGGGCCUUAACAAGCCAAUCUCGUGGAUCUCAAUCAAAUGGUUGUCGUACACACCAUCACAUAUCUUCCCCGAUGUAAUUGCGCAUACCCACCCUACUUCAUUGGAAUUUGUGUUGGACAACCCUAACUAUCGCGGGUCCUUGUUAAUCGACAAUGGGCCUUUUGGUGGAUUGCAAGAGCUAGCUGACAGGCCAGGCGCAGUCUCGUCUUUGCGGUGUUUGACCAUACAUUUUCGAUGUUUCAUGAUACCCUCGGUCGAGCGCGAUCUGGACGAGGCUCUCGACAUGCUCGAAUCCGUCUUGAGACACCUCCCUAUUUCUCAUCUGAUGCUCAAGCUCGACACCGGGCCUGUGUAUCCUGACUUCCUGGACUACAUCAAGGAGACCUACGAUCCGCAAGAAGGAGUUGAGAUUCUAGAUGCCGCGGAAGGAUGGGCAGAGCUCAUGGCCGAAGCGUCCAGUGGUUCGGAGUGUACGUUCCGAAGGACCGCGUUCGCUGUUGGGAGCUCUCUCGUCAGGUCUCUGGCGGAGAGGGAGUCGAGUCGAUAGUGAUACUGCACGAGAUGGAAGAAGAUCAGGCUUGGGAACUGCUUUUGGGGGAGCAAUUGCGAGAGUUUAUCUGAUCU